AUGAAAGAAAUUCAGUACUAUGCUGUUAUUGGAAUGGGGUCACCUCCUCAGCAGUUUAAACUGAUGUUUGACACUGGUAGUUCAACUUCCUGGGUUCCAUCAAAGAAAUGCAACCAGUCUAAUAUUGCUUGUUUGUUGCACAAUAAAUAUGACAGCUCCAAAUCCUCAACGUAUAGGACUAAUGGAACAGAGUGUGAGAUUAACUACGGAAUAGGUACCGUGAAGGGAUUUUUAAGCACUGAUACUGUAACGAUCGGAGACAUCAAAAUACAGAACCAGACCUUUGUCGAGGUAACAGAGGAAUCUGGAAAUUUGUUCGCGACAGCUAUAUAUGAUGGAAUCCUGGGGAUGGCCUACCCCAAGAUCGCAGUAGAUCAUGUGUUACCUGUCUUCUACAACAUGCUCAAACAAAAACUAGUAUCAGCACCCAUCUUUUCUUUCUACCUGGACAGAAAUCGUACUGGAAAGGAGGGGGGUGAACUUAUUCUGGGAGGAAGUGAUCCUAAAUUUUACUCGGGUAACUUCACCUACAUAAAUGUGACUCGACGGGGUUAUUGGCAGUUUAAAAUGGAUGGAGUGAAGAUUAAUGGUAAAACUUCUAAAUGCUGCUCCGGGGGCUGUCAAGUUAUUGUUGAUACUGGAGUCUCCUGGCUUACUGGCCCAUCCUCAGAAAUCAAGUCCCUCAACCAAGCAAUAGGAGCAAAGCCCUCCACAUCUGGAGAUUACACAGUAAACUGUUCGAGCAUUCCACGUUUACCUCCUGUUAGCUUCACCCUGAAUGGCAAAGAUUUUACUCUUCAAGGCAAAGACUACAUAUUGACUGUCUCGCAUCAAGGGAAGACUACCUGUAUGAGCGGUUUCGUUGGUCAAGACGUGCCAGUCACUAUUGGUGGUCCCUUCUGGAUAAUUGGAGAUCUUUUCAUCGGUCGUUUUUACACCGAGUUCGAUCUGGAAAACAACAGAGUUGGAUUUGCCAAUGUUGUCAACCCUUCAGAUGCAUAACAGUUGUCAAUUGCAUUUCACAAAAAAAUAUAUAGUGUUGUGUGUAACUUUCCAAUGUAAAUUUCAUGAUCAUAAGUCAACUAGAUCGUGUAAUAAAAUUAUUUUAUGAGA